CAACAACCCUUUGAAUAAAUAAACAAGUAGAUGGGCCACGUGGCGUGUAAGAAUGAAACGGAUCUAGUUUGAAAACGAAAUAACAGAAAUAACGGAAAUCUUGAACCCAAAAACAAACACUUAACUAAAUGAAAGCCAACAACAAUAAUUGACAGAUCUCCUCCCCGUUACCUCCAUACCAAACGCCGCCGCCGUCCGCCGCCUCUUGUCCGCAGCAGCCAUGGCGCCGAACUCCCCCACCGCCGCCGCCGCCGCCGUUAACAAUAAGCAGAAGCUUCAAGGAGUCAUGUUCAAGUACGGCCCAAAACCGAUUCAGGUUGCAUUUAAGAUAGGCGAUUUCAAGCAACAAGUUGUUUUUAUUGGUGGAUUGCAAGAAGGAAUUUUGGCAGCUGAAUACUUGGAACCUUUGGCAAUUGCUUUAGAGAAGGAGCAUUGGUCGUUAGUUCAAUACCUUUUUUCAUCUUCCUACCAUGGAUAUGGUGUCUCGAGCUUGAAACAAGAUGCGAGUGAGCUUGAUCAACUCAUUAGUUAUUUGAUCGACAAGGAAGAUUCCCAUGGUGUGAUCCUACUAGGACACAGUACUGGUUGCCAGGAUAUUGUAUUUUACCUGCGUAGUAAUGCAGCAUGCUCAAGAGCAGUUCGAGCAGCCAUUUUGCAGGCUCCAGUUAGCGACCGUGAAAGCUUCCAAGAGGCUGGCUUCACGAAUAUGAUUGAUCUUGCUUCAAACAUGAUCAAUCAAGGUCGACCGUAUGAUUUCAUGCCUAGAAAAGCGCAUCCACACGUUCCAAUCACGGCCUAUAGAUAUCACUCUCUCUGCGCGAAGAAUGGUGAUGAUGACAUGUUUAGUUCCGACUUGAGUGACGACGAGUUGAAGCAGAAGCUCGGACACAUGUCCGCCACGCCUACCUUGAUCAUCUUCUCGAUGGAGGACGAGUACGUGCCGCAGCACGUGAAUAAGCAAGAAUUGGUUGGGAGAUUGUGUAGAGCAAUGGGUGGAGCAGAGAGGGUUGAGAUUGAAUGUGGAAACCAUUCUCUCUCUAACAGGAUCGAGGAAGCUGUGCAGAGUAUAAUGGAGUUCGUCAAAAGAGACGGGCUCAAAGGGUGCGACGACCCUUGGAGCUAAUCUCUUGUGAUUAGGAAUGCAAACGAGUCGAAUCGAAUUAAGUUCAUUUGGUUUUACUUCACAUCUUUGGUUGUGCAUUCUUUCUAUAUAUUCUUU